CGUACUUACUAAACAAGGCAACAACAAGUAAUUAAAAAAACUCUUCAAUGUUAGCUCACCUUCCCACUCCAUCACCCUCUCUCUCUCUCUCUCUCUCUCUCUCCAAAAAUAGCAACCACAUCAUCUUCCAUGGAGUUUGGGACACACUGAAUCACUGAUAUCUCUUUCACUUUGAGUUGUCUGUCUCAGCCCCACACUGCAAAGCCACUAUUUCACAGUACAUUGUUGGUUUUUCAGGAAUUGAGCCUCCCAUGAAUAUGAAGCUUCAAGAAGGGGAAUUUGUGAGGGCUCUCUCUUUGUACUUAGAUUGGCUAUGUGGGUCGUGUGCAGUGCUUAUCAAGAUUAUCCAAUGGGCAACCGUAGUUGGUGCUUAUACGCAUUAGUCGAAUUUGAGGUUAAAAUUCAACUCGGUUUAUGGGUAAAAGUACCGUAUAAAAAAGUGAUUUUUUUUUUCCUAUUGUGCUGAACUAUAGUGGGAUUUUGCGAUCUCGUGAAACUGUGAUCCUGGUGCAUGAAAUGGAGCCUUGGAAUUACGUUUCUGAAGGGAAGGGUUUUGAAUCCGAUGAAAGAAUAUCGCCAAAUAAUUCACUCUCGAGAAACAAAAAUGCCUUGUUUGGUUGGCAAUUGAGAACCCCAUGUAGUUUUGGCAAUAAUAUGUUAGUCUCUGGAGGUCAACAGGCUGUUGAGAAUCAAGGUUUUGGGGACUUGGGUUUUCCAGAGAUAGUUGGUAAACAGUUAGCGGACAACUCGAUGAGUCAAGUUUUGAGUGGUCAGUUUGGCGUUGGAAGAUUUGUUAAUCCAAUUAUGGCCAUUCCAAAUGCAUUUUCUGCCGAAGAUCAUCAUGAAUACACGAGUCCGAAGCUCUCAACUUCUAUGGUGGACUCUAACAGUCGGGUUUCAUCCUUGUUUGAUUUGAAUCUGGGGCGGCUUCCUGAUCAGCAAGAUGCCCAAAAAUCUAAAUUCCCAAAAGGAGUUCCGAUUUUAUCUUCGUUUGAGUCAUCUACAACUGCAAAGAGAGUGCGGACAUCAGGGUUGAAUUCGCAGUCUGCAUUCUGCCAAGUUUAUGGUUGUCAUAAGGAUCUCAACUCCUCUAAGGACUACCACAAGAGGCAUAAAGUUUGUGAGGUUCACUCCAAGACUGCCAAAGUUAUCGUCAAUGGCAUUGAACAGAGGUUUUGCCAACAGUGUAGCAGGUUUCAUUUGCUGGCUGAAUUUGAUGAGGGUAAGCGUAGCUGCCGCAAACGCCUUGCGGGUCAUAAUGAGCGUCGCAGAAAGCCUCAAGUGAGUAUUCACUCUGGACGGGCCGGGAGAUCAUUGCUUCGGUCAUUUGAUGGGAGUGAUCAGGGAUAUCAGGUGGGAACUACAUCCUUUAUUUGCCAAGAGAUUCUCCCUAGUGGCCUCUUCCAUCCUGAGAAAUAUGAGACCAGUGAAUGGGGUAGGCAUGUCAAAGUUGAAGAUGGUACUGACUAUAGGCAUCUGUCAACCUUUCCUGUUACCAAUGGCCAUUUCCAUUCCAACUCCCUCUUCCCUCGAGAUAUUGAAAAACAGUACUUUCACCCUUUUCAUGACAAUGUAACUCGGACAGCAACCGGGAACUUUUUCAUGGAAAAUUCGGAUCAAUAUAUACAUGAUAUAGGAGGAGGCCCAACUCCCAGUUCACAUUCUAUUUUCCACAACACCUCGUUAGGAAGUGAAGAAUACAAUGUUUUUGAUGCAGCAACAACCGUUGAAGGGUUAUCGAGAGUACCAGAUCCCUCCGGCUAUGCUCUCUCUCUUCUGUCAUCUCAAUCACAGAACUCUUCAAGCCAGCCGCCAGCCGGAAUUCCCAUGGUUCGUCCACUGAUCAUGCCGAGUAACCAUUCCCAUUAUGGCAUGGGUCGAUUCACCGAGAAGUUGAUAGGAAUAAGAUCACAGCAUUCGUCUGGUGGAGUUUUAAAUAAACUCCCUAUAUCAGAAAUGAAUUCUGCAGAAGAGAAUGAUCAUCACUUGGGUCCCAUACUGAUACCGGAUACUGGUGAUGCAGUCAACUUUGAUGGGAUUUUCCAAGAGUUUGAUAUAUGGAAUUCCAAUGAACGCCAUUCCUGUGAUCAAAAUGGGCCUGGCUUGCUUCAACUGUCAUCACAGCUUGAGCGAGUGGAGCAUCAGAGGCAAUCCUUGCAGGUGAAGCGGGAAAAUGACUCGUCCUGCCUCCGGAUCUCUUGAAUUAAUGCUUGGAAAGGCAAUUAAUUAGGGUCUAUGAAUCAUAUAUGCAUUCCUUGUGAAUCAAUUUGCUGUGCUUCUAUAUUACAUAUAUAGCAACUUGAGAGUUUCCUCGAAAACAAAAGGAAAAGAAAAUUAAUAUAUGCACGCGUUUAUCUGUUUACGGUCAAACUUAUAUACC